AUGGCUGAUGCUAGUCGUGGUCGUGGUGGUCGUAUCGGCGGCGGCGGGCGACGUUCCAUGCUCGCGCUGCUUCUUCUGCUUUCUUCCGUCGGCGCCCGAGCAUCCGACGACGGCGAGGCAGGGGCAGGGGAGAAGGUUGCGGCGGCAGCGGCAUGGACGGGCGGGCUGAGCCGGCGGAGCUUUCCCAAGGGGUUCGUGUUCGGGACGGCGGCGUCGGCCUACCAGGUUGAGGGCAUGGCGCACAAGGACGGCCGCGGGCCAAGCAUAUGGGACGCCUUCAUCAAGAUCCCCGGCGAGAUCUCAAACAAUGCCACCGCGGACGUCACUGUUGACGAGUACCAUCGCUACAAGGCAAAUUUACUCUGCUUCACAGGCAUUACACCUUAUGCAAAUCUGUAUCACUAUGACUUACCAGAGGCACUAGAGGUCCAAUAUGGAGGGCUGUUGAACAGAAAAGUGGUGAAAUCAUUUGCAGACUAUGCCGAUUUCUGCUUGAAGACAUUUGGUGACAGAGUAAAGAACUGGAUGACAUUUAACGAGCCAAGGGUCGUUGCUGCCCUAGGAUAUGACGAUGGUAGAUUCGCACCGGGAAGGUGCACAAAAUGCAAGGCUGGAAACUCCGCUACCGAGCCUUACAUCGUUGCUCAUCACCUCAUUCUUUCCCAUGCUGCUGCAGUUCAGAGAUACCGGCAAAAGUAUCAGCUUACACAAAAGGGAAGGAUUGGAAUUCUUCUGGACUUUGUCUGGUAUGAGGCUCUCACAAAUUCAACAGCUGACCAAGCUGCGGCUGAAAGAUCAAGAGACUUCCAUGUAGGAUGGUUUCUGCACCCAAUCAUAUACGGUGAAUAUCCCAAAUCGGUUCAAGAGAUCGUGAAGGAAAGGCUUCCAAAGUUCACAGUUGAUGAGGUCAACAUAGUCAAAGGCUCCAUCGACUACGCUGGAGUCAACCAGUAUACUGCUUAUUAUGUUCGUGAUCAACAGCCAAAUGCAACAACUCUGCUUAGCUACUCCUCUGAUUGGCAUGCUGAAUUUGUUUAUGAACGCAACGGUGUGCCAAUCGGACCAAGGGCAAAUUCAGAUUGGCUUUACAUCGUGCCUUGGGGACCGUAUAAAGCUGUCACUUACGUCAAGGAGAAGUAUGGCAACCCCACAAUGUUUCUGUCUGAAAACGGCAUGGAUGACCCAGGCAACGUCACCGUCGCCCAGGGCGUGCACGACGCGACGAGGGUUGCCUACUACCGGAGCUACAUCAGCAAGCUGAAGGAGGCGAUCGACGGCGGCGCCAACUGCGUGGGCUACUUCGCCUGGUCCCUGCUGGACAACUUCGAGUGGAAGCUGGGUUACACGUCCAGGUUCGGCCUGGUCUACGUCGAUUUCAAGACACUCCGGCGGUACCCCAAGAGUUCAGCAUACUGGUUCAGGGAUGUCAUCACCGGCAAAAACUGA